CUGCCCUCAGGCCAGAUGGCGAGCGCCCUGCUCCUGCUGCUGCUGCUCUCCCUCACCUCAGCCUGGUCGUUUUCUCACCAACGAGGCCUCAUCUUCAAUUUGGACAAUGGGGAGCUGUGUCUGCAAAGUGCUCAGUGCAAGAGCAGCUGUUGCCACAGGACUAACGGGUUAAGCCUGGCUCGUUGUGCGAACCGAGCAGCCGAGAAUCAGGAGUGUUCCCCCAAGAGCAUCUAUGGGGUUUACUACAGGUGUCCCUGUGAGAAUGGCUUAACCUGUGAGGCCGAUAAGAGCAUUGUGGGAUCCAUCACCAACACCAACUACGGCAUCUGCCAGGAUCCUAGGAGGUCGUCCAAGUAAAAUUGGAGUAACAGCAUAGGAAAUGUUCCCACGCACGUGCCCCACAGCCAUCCCCCUCUUCCCACGCACGCACCCCACAGCCGUUUCCCCUUCCCACGCACGUGCCCUACAGCCAUCUUCCCUUCCCAUGCACGUGCCCCACAGCUGUACCCCUUCCCAUGCACGUGCCCCACAGCCAUCACCCGUUCCCACUCAUGCGCCCCUCCUCUCCACCAUAUCUACUGUAUACACCAGGCACCUCUUCCCAUGCUCCUUCCCCACACCUCUCCCUCCACCACAUACAGAUACCUGACUCGUUACAUACUUACCUCCAUACCCGCUUCCACCCAACCCACACACUGAUCCCUUCUGCUGUCACCAACACCUGCACCCGUCCCUCUCCACUGACCCACACCACACGCACACACACCUACACUCAGUUCUGCUGGAGUAAUGCACAGGGAUCCUGAAUGACAUUUGAUUAUCGGGUGUCCCUCUGUGCUGGGUCUAACAAUUCAGAACACCCUUUCCGUGUAUGUGGGUGAAACAAGAACGCAUCAGUUCAAUACCCUCCAAGAGCCAUUCUUGUCUCUCCUCCACCCCCCAAAAUAACUACCUGCCUCUAUCGCGUGCUGUAUCUUCAGCUGACACUUUGCAAAAGGGGCUGCAGUCCCCUUCCUGGUGCCCC